GGUCAUUCCGACUACUUGGGUACUCGAUUAACGUCUCCAUGCUGAAGGAGCGUUGCCUUCAAAUCAAGCUCCACUAACCUCCCUGAGACUAUACCAGCUCAAGCUCCGUUUGCGCUACCCAAAUACCAUUAUAUCGGCUUUCAGUGUCUGGACCUAGACGGUCCUGUUACUCCGCAUCAUGACGGCCGGCCUUAAGACAAUUAUCGCACUGUCGUUCGUCCUCGCCAUUGGCUUCCUACUCGUCAUUCUUUCCUCAGCUCUUUGGCACAACUUCUUACCGUUGAUUGUCGUUGCGACUUACGUUGUUGCUCCCCUACCCAACUGGAUCUGCUCACGAUGUGCGAACCCAGAUGAUUUUAUGGACAGCUCGGGAAAUGCUGCAGCUGAUUUUGGGCGUUUCUUAACGGGUUUCCUAGUCUUGAUGGGCAUUGCGCUCCCAGCUGUACUUGCGCAUAGCGGCGCAAUCCAGGUCCCGGCGAUGAUCAUGUCGAUCCUAGGUGGUCUCUUGAUUUACGGAACAAUUAUUAGUUUCUCUAUGUUCUUCAAGGAGCAGGAAGAGUUUUGAGUCACCAUGGGUAUCAACUAGUUCGGGUGAAAUCACAUAGGUGCGC